AGAAGUUGACAACUCUCUAGUUAACAAUAUGUCUUAGAUGGUUGGCGCAGAUUUCAAUGUCCAAAGCAAUUCCGAACUGAGGUAUGCAAAGGAUGCUGCUGCUGUUGAGUAUUUUCAGCAAUGGUCUGCAAUUGAGAGAUUGCCCAUCUUUGAAGGGCUAAGAUCAUCUUUGUUUGAUAAUGAUAGAGGAAAGCAAGUGAUUGAUAUCACCAAGCUUGGAUCACUAGAGCGGCAUAUAUUUGUAGAGAAGCUCAUCAAACACAUUCAAAAUGAUAACCUUCAGUCGUUGAGGAAUAUAAGAACUAGAAUAGACAAGGCAGUUGAUGAGCAGGUGGCAAAGUCCACUUGCUUCUCUUGGAUGGUGCUGAUACUUCUGAAACCUGGUGGACAUGUAAUAUACUCUGGAUCAUUGGGAGAGAAUUCAAGUAACGUUAUUGAAUAUUUUGAGGGUAUAUCUGGGGUACCAAAGAUCAGAAAAAACCAUAAUCCCGCUUCUUGGAUAUUAGAAGUCACUUCUCCAUCUACAGAAGCUGAACUCGGUGUAGAUUUUGCUCAAAUAUACAAGGGUUCUGCUUUCUUUGAGAGAAGUCAGGAGCUUGUGAGGCAGCUGAGUACCCCACCUCCUGGAUCCAUAGAGCUGAAUUUUCCAACCUUGUUUGCACAAAAUGGUUGGGAACAAUUCAAAUCUUGCCUUUGGAAACAAAACCUUUCUUAUUGGAGAAAUCCUUCUUACAACCUCACACGUAUCACGCAUGCCCUUGUGACCUCUUUGAUUUUUGGAAUACUCUUUCGGGGCCAAGGAAAGAAAUUAAAUGAUCAGCAGGAUGUAUUUAAUGUGGUGGGUUCAGUGCAUGCCAGUAUGAUCUUCAUGGCUAUAAACAACUGCCAAGCUGUCUUGCCCCAUGUUGCAAGGGAGAGAAGUGUCAUGUAUCGUGAAAGAUUUGCAGGGAUGUACUCUGCUUGGGCUUAUGCCUUUGCACUGGUGGUAGUUGAGGUUCCCUAUAUAUUAGUCCAAAGUGUUGGGUAUGUGAUCGUCGCAUAUUCAUUGAUUGGUUAUUAUAGAUCUGCUUAUAAGGUUUUGUGGUACUUCUAUGCCAUCUUCUCUGCUUUGUUGUGCUACAACUACAUGGGAAUGGCUCUCAUCUCUUUGACACCAAACUUCAUAGUGGCUACCAUAUUUGCAUCAAUGUUCUUCAGACUCACAAAUAUCUUUUCUGGGCUUACAAUCCCCCAGCCGCAAAUUCCACGGUGGUGGAUUUGGUUGUAUUAUCUGGUUCCUACUUCUUGGACACUCAAGGGGUUGCUUGCUUCACAAUAUGGUGAUAUUCACCAGGAAAUUGUUGCAUUGGGGGAAAGGACAACAGUAGAUUCAUUCUUAAAUGAUCAUUAUGGGUUUAGGCGUUUAGCCAUGAUCAGUUAGGAACAACAGGGGUGAUUCUCAUAGCCUACCCCCUGGCAUUUGCUUUCAUUUUUGCAUUUUUUGUUGGACGAUUGAAUUUUCUGGGAAGAUGAACCAACUGCUUCUACUCUAAGCAAUGCAGCUGCUGGUUUUUUGUCAUUUAUUUACAGAAUAAAAUCUGUUCAAGUUA